AUGUCAACUAAUCUAACAGAAGAACAACCAGAAAAAAAUCUGCAGUUAAUCAACAAAAUAGCUGCUAAUAAUAAUCAAUUAAAUUUAGAAGAAAAUAUAUCUUUAGAUUUUUUUAAUAAUAUUGUUACAGAAUUAUAUAAUCAAAUUAUUGAAGAUAGGUCGAAAGGAAAAGAUACAGAAUUAAUUGUUGAAGCAUGGGAUCAAUUUCUAGUCAAAAAACAGAUGAAUUCAGAUAAAAUUAUCAAUUGGUGUUUGGAUAAUCAAAUUAAUAAUAUG